AUGAAGCUCAACGUGAUCCUCUUCGCCUUGGUUUGUAUGGGCCUGCUCGCCCUGGCUCUUGCCCACGACGGACAAGACGAUGGUGGCUACAAGAAGAACAACGACAAGCAGCAGAAAGAUUGGGACUGGAAGGACGACGAGAAGGACGACCACGACUGCGACGACGACGAUGACGAGGAUGAUGAAAAGGAGGAAGGCAAGUGCUUCUGGAAGUGCGUCAAGGUGUGCAAGCCCCACCACCACACGUCGUCGACAACGACCAAGAAGCACUCCACCACCACGACCAAGGACUGCCCCAGGGAGACCACCAAGGACUGCCCCAAGGAGAGCACUACAACGACCAGGAAGCACCGCACGACGACGGCCGACGAAAAGGACUGCCACAAGACCACCACGACCACAAAACGCCACCACGACAAGCCCUGUGAUCAGUAA